AUCCAACGGAAAAUACAUGACAUCAUCAAUACACAGGAAAAGGAAAUAUUCAAAUGUAUUUAAAAAUGACAACAGAAUCAAAUGAAAGUGUCAGUUAUUUUCACUGGAAGGAUGAUCAGUCUAGUGGUUAUUGUUAGUGUAAUAGUACAAACAGUAUCACUAUCAACAAACUGUAUAUCAUAUGCAAAGAUUGGGAAAACCGCCACCUUCAAAUGUCUAUUCCAAACUGUCGACAUAUGGGCUGCUGGUAUUGGGACAAGAAAUUCAACUACGUAUGCUAUCAAGAGAAAAGUGAACGCUAAGCUGCAGAUCGCUAAAAGGUUGUCUGUAUCUGAGGAUUACAGUUUGAUAAUCAAAAACGUUUCGAGGUCUGACUUUCAGACUUAUCGUUGUACUGGAUAUAACUAUUCACAACUAGAGACGUAUGAUAUAGUUUUAAAUGAAAGAAUAGAUCCUUCAAACAUACGAAUCAUAGAAGAAACAGAACCACAAAGUGUUAUUGGUGUGAUAGGACAAAAUAUGUCCAUAACUUGUACGGUGACUAGUGGCGAACCAGAAGAAACUCUAAUAAUAGAAGACGACAAAAGAAGGAAAAUGGCAAAAGGUGGUCCUGGUUCCGUAAAACUUCAACUGGAACCAGAUCAUAAUGAUGAUGGCAGAAACUUUACAUGCCUUGUAAUGAGUUGUGAUGAACAGGUUUUAUCCUAUACAGUCCAACUCAAUAUUCGAUAUAAGCCAAACAUAACCAUACAAGCAUAUCCACACAACACCACCAUGGAAGGAGAUCCUUUAGAAUUAAGAUGCAAUGAUCGGGAGGGUAGUACUAAUGUCAUCAGUGGAUAUAAUUGGCAACAUAAUGGAAAGUACCUGCAACACUCGUUAAAGGUCAUGCAACUCAAUGUCACUACACGAAUGGACAAUGGCAACUUUACUUGUACUGCUGAAAACGAGGCUGGUGAAGCAAGAGAUACUAUAGAAAUAAAUGUUCUUUACGCACCAGUGAUCGAAAAUUAUUCGGUUUCUUUCUUCGAGAACAACUCAAACCUAUUGGUCAGUUGCAAGGUAUCUGGAAAUCCAAAUAAUUUCACAUUUGGAGAAUGGAUUCAUUUGUCUGAUGUUGACACACCUAUUCGUUAUCUAAAUGGAUCCGAGGAUGGGAUGUUGGCUAUUUCAUCCUUCACUGGUACCGCUGAGGCGUAUGAAAAUGGUGGUGUGUAUGUUUGCAAUGUUUCUAAUGGGAUACAUUCUACUGACGGUAGUUUAUGGCAAACAGGAAAAAUUCACGUCAUUAUAAAAGAAAGUCCUGUGUUUACAAAACAAAAUAAACCUGAACAAGUUGGUUAUAUCGAUAAUACAUCGAGUCUGUUUGUUGAUGUGAUGAGAUCUUCGAGAAUAAUGUCAACAAAAUGGUACAUAGAACUUUCGGAAGUUCUAAAGACAGAACGAUUAACAAUGCCUCGGAAGAGUCUAAUAAUAAAAGCACAAUUCCACAACAAGAUAGUAUACACCAAAGGUUAUCGUUGUAAUCUUACAAUAGACAAAACAAAACCAGAGGAUUUUCAAAACUAUAAAGUGACAGUACAAAACCAAUAUGGCUUCAGCUCUUUUAUCAUACAGCUACGGUAUGCAGGCCCUCCGAGGAUGCCACAUAUAACCACUGUUAAGAGAACAUCCAAUGGCAUUCUUGUUAAAUGGGAAUCAGUUUUUGAUGGAGGUUAUGAAACAACGUAUGAGGUCGAAUAUCGAAAAGUGACGGAAACAAAGUGGGAUAGGAUACACAUUAAGGAAAACCAUCUAAGCACGACCUUUAUAGCAGAUCCGAAUACUGACUAUUUGGUAAGAAUGAAAGCAUUGAACAAGAUGGGAAACAGUAGCUCCACAAAAGAACAAACGGUUCCUACGGAAGAUAAGGAAAUCCAGCAUUCGGCGGUGAUUUAUGGGACCAGUGUAUUUACAGUGAUUAUGUUCUGCAUCAGUGGAGUGUUUGGAUGUUUCUGGUGCUAUUCUAUAAUAGAGAAAAAGAAAAGAAUGAAAGCUAACAACCAUGACAUUGAUAUAAAUCAAGAUCAACAGUUAGCGGAAGACAACGGCGUUGUUAAUGACAACAAUAUACCGGAAAUAAACAUUAUACCUCCUGCUGAAAACAACAUCAAUGUUAACGUGCUACAGGGUGCGUUCGGUAUUAACGUGCUACAGGGUGCGUUCGGUGAGAGUUGUGAAGGAUACUCAUCAAUAGAUCGACGGAAAAGAAUAUCCAUGAGUCAGAAGGUCUCAUAUAUGGCAAACAGAAGUACAAAGGUCGUGUCGACAGAACUAUGACACAUAUAUCAUGUAUAUUUCAGUUACUAUAGUCAAGUUCUAAUUAAAUGUAAAAUAUUUUGAAAAGAUGUUUUAACAACGAAUAUAUAGGUACCUGAUAUUGAUAUUUCGGUGCAUUUAAAAAAUGAUCUUUUAUAACAGCGAAAGGCUUUUAGAUAAUAAUUGCCAUGUUGGCUCUAGUUAUAUAGAAUGUGUUAAACAAUAUAAAUAUAUAGUUUCUCGUUAUGGAAGAUACUGAGAAAUAUAAAAAGAAGAGAAAGUUACUAAGAAAGGAAUGAAAGCCUGUUUUAGGAUAUACAGAGAUAUGAAAAGUGCAAACUUGUGUUAA